UCUCAUUCCCCAAGUCUUUGAUUCUGGACUUAAAACAUUGUCAACUAACCCACCCUAUACGCGAUAAAGCUUGCACACAGAAUUAAGGAGGAGGAACUUGCCUCUUACCCCCAAAUCAGAUCUUUUCUUUUCCCCUAGCUUCAAUUCAUCAUCAUGGUUCUUCACAACCCCAACAACUGGCACUGGGUCAACAAGGAUGCCUCUGGCUGGGCCAAGGAAUACUUGCAGCAGAACCUGGUCGGCAUCAGUGUCGAGGAAGGGGGCGUGUCAGCCAAAGUAGACAAGCUGUUGUCCAUGGAUGGCGACGUAGAUGUCAGCCAGCGCAAGGGCAAGGUCAUCACUCUUUUCGAUGUCAAGGUGUCGCUAGAAUACUCAGGUAAGACCAAGGACGCUGAGGAUGUCAGCGGUACUAUUCGCAUCCCCGAGGUAGCCCACGACACCGAGGAAGAUGAGUACGUCUUUGAGAUCGAGAACCACGCCGACUCCAACUCCAAGCAGCCCGUAAAGGACCUGGUGCGCACAAAGCUCGUCGCGCAAAUCCGUUCCGCCCUCAGCGGGUUCGCCAACGCCCUCAUCACCGAGCACGGCAAGGACCUCCAGCACGCACCCGGCGUGAACCCCUCCAGCGGCUUCCCCAAAGCCAGCGUCCACCCUCAAACCAAGUCCACCGAGGCCUCCAGCACGCAGACUACCACUACCUCCAAGACCGGCAAGGUCGCCGUCAACACCACCACCGUGACAGCCUCCGAUGAGUUCCGUACCACAGCCGGCGAGCUCUACAACACUUUCACCGACCCGCAGCGCAUUGCUGCCUUCACACGUGGCCCUCCUCGCCAGUUUGACGGCGCCCAGGUUGGCGGCAAGUUCGCCAUCUUCGACGGCAAUGUCACUGGCGAGUUCGUGACUCUCAACGAGCCCAAGCAGAUUGUCCAGAAGUGGCGUCUGGCUCAGUGGCCCGAGGGUCACUUCAGUUCACUGGAGAUCAACUUCGACCAAAAUGAUAUCGACGGUGUUACUCAGAUGCGUGUUACUUGGUCUGGCGUUCCUGUUGGCCAGGAGGAUGUCACCAAGCAGAACUGGGACAUGUACUAUGUUCGCAGCAUUAAGCAGACUUUCGGAUCCAAUCCUCCCUCCAAAUCAUCUUCGCCAUGGAGCCAGUUACUAACGUUUCUUGUUCUUCUCUUUGCUAUAGGUUUGGCACUAUUCUCUGAUCGACUGCAUGACAUAUUACCGGUGGCAUGAAACACACAAAACAAUGCAUUCGAAGACUUCUUAUUUAUGGUUACAUGAAUUGGCUACAGGUAAAACCGCAAGACCGUCAGACGUUUAGAUUUGCCUUGUUUGUUUUCAAUUCGUG